AUGGAUGACGAAAAACUGAACAGUGCUAAUGGAUCACCUAACUCAAAUAUAAGUGCCACACAGGGACAAGGUAUAAAUCUGGCAUUAGAUCCUAACCUGAUAAACUUAACGUUAUCCCCAUCAUUAAUCACUCCAGGAGCCAUUCCUAACUCCGUGAAUGAUACCGGUUCCCAGCCAGACCAAUCACCCUCUGCAAUAGGCACUCCCGGACAAAAUAUCCAUAAUACGGGAACAUCCUUGAUUAAGAAUCCUCACGAGAUUUAUGGACAAUUACCACUUUCACAGUUAAUUCCUUUGAUUCUACAAGAACGAGGUCCAUCCUUUAAGUUUGCUGAUCUAUCGGAGGAAAGAUUGAUGGAGGAGCUUUCUAACAAUGGAUUAAGUAAUGAGGAUAAGCAUACAAGUCCUCCUUCUGAAUUAGAAAAGCCAAUCGAUGAUGAUUUAAUGGAGAUUGAUUUUGAAGAUAAAAAUAAUAUUAGCAAAGACGAAUCUGCACCUGAGAGUAAUAUACCUGAAAGCAACGCUAUUUACCAAUCGUCUGAACCACAGUUAACCCAAGAGCAAUUUUUAAAAGUUCGAAAGGAUAUCGUGGAUCAUAUUAAUAUGGCUAUGAACGAGUCUUCAUUAUCGUUAGAGUUUGUUUCAUUAUUAUUAUCAUCUGUUAGAGAAAACAACGCGAAUUCAUCUAUGUCUGCAUUUUUGAAGAAGAAUGCUAGCCCUGGUUCAUUAAAUAGUGAUAAAAUCCCAUAUACGCCUUUAUCGAAAGAGGAAACAAAUCAAUUAGAAGUGUUGAAUAAAGGAUGGAAAUUAAAAUCGUUAAAUGAUUCCAGAAUAAUGUUAAAAGAAAACUAUCUGAAACUAAGUGCCUCUCUACAAAGGGAACAUAUCUAUUGGAAGAAGGUUUCUAACCACAUUAAUAAUUCAGAUGUCAUCUUUAAGUUACGAGAUAAGACUACAGGACAAAGAUCCUUAGGUAUCAAGUAUGGGUACGAAGAUUCAGGGUCAACUUAUAAGUUAGAUAGAGGUAUUGCUAUUUUGAGAAAUAAUCCAUUAACAGAUUUGUUAGAAUUAGUACCGUUCCAAAAUAGUGAUAGUGACGUUGCAUUAAGAAACUAUGAAAAAUUCAUACGAGUGAGAAUCUUUACCAAGAUAGAAUCUGAAGAUGAUUACAUUUUGAGUGGUGAGUCAUUAAUUGAUAAUGAAGAUGGGUUUGAAGGAAUACUGGGCAGUGAUCACUCCCAGAAUGACCCCAAAUUUUUUGAAGACAUUAGAUUUCAAAUCAAAAUUUUAAAGAAAUUUAUACUUGAAAAGGAAUUAAUGUAUCAGUUGAAAAAGGAGAGCUCACGUCUGAUAUCCUACGGUGUCACUAUUGAAAAUGAAAAUAAAGUGAUUAUAGAAUUACCGAAUGAGAAAUUUGAAAUCGAGUUAUUAUCAUUGACUGACAGUUCUCUAAUCGACCAUGAACGUGAUGCCCCUAAAGUUAAUGACAAGAGGGCAAAUCUAAUGCAUGUUACGUUAAGAAUGCUUCUCGUGGUGAUUUUCAAGAAAAAUCUGAAGAAUAAAUUAAUGUCCCCCAAAGUUAAGAAAAACUUGAAUAUCGAUAAAGAUAUCUUACUAAUCAGACCCAUCUUGGGAAGAAUGAGACAUUCCAACUAUAAGAUGCUAUUAAAGAAACUUUUAGAGAAUCAUGUAUUAAAUAUUAUUGAAGGUACACAAUUAGUUGAAAAGAAGCUAGACCUGACCGAAAACUCGUCGACAGAGGAGAAUAUCAAGUUCAUGGAUAAACAUGUUGCCAAACUGAUACAGGAUAUUUCUGCCUUUGAUUGCAUAUUGAAUCCUUGCAAAACACAAUUCGACAUAUAUAUACCAAAUAAGGGAUGUCUCUCUUUGACAUUAGAAAGUCCGAAUUAUUGCAACGCAGUUAUAAACAUAAAAUAUCUUUCUGAGAAUGGCACAGUUAAGUUUGAUACAGAAUUCUCAGAAUUUAAAGAGAUCGAAGAGUUCAUACAUUUUAUAAUUACUGAAUAUGUAAAAUGA